AACCAUCCUGAAUUUUAUAAUUGACUCCCCGAGGACAUCUUGCUGGUAUUCUCGUGCCUUGUUUCGAGCCGUGCAAUCUAUAAGGCCUUAAAUAUGAGAUUCUCCCUCUUUAUGGCAAUCUCUGCCUUCGCUGGCUAUGUUGCUGCAGCAAGUAUUCCACUAGAACAACGUUCCUAUUCUUGUAGCGUGGAGGGUGAAUACUGCUGCACAUGGGAAGGAUGUAAAGACUGUUGCACAUACUGUGAACUGAGCAUUGAUGACGCUCAAGGACACUGUGCCUACUUUUUCUGAGACUCAUCAACGAAGGAGGAACUCAACCGAGUAGUAAAGCGCCAUUGGCUGUGGGGAUGGAUAACUAAGGGGA